AUGUGGACAGAACAGUUCUACCUCUUUGUCCGUGGCCAUUUUCGUCAGACGUGGCCCGGUGGCGGAGUUCGUCGUCACAUCGCCCGUUCUGUCCAGAACGUCUUCAAGAUGUUGGACGACAUGCAGGUUGCACCGAUCAACCAGACUCAGACAGCCGGCGAGUCUGAUCCUGACUUGCUGCUGAAGGUGGUCACCAAGGGAGCAGAUGGGUCCGACAUCGGGACUUAUGCCUACCGGGUCACUGACAAGUCGGUUGAAGUGAC